AUGAAACUUCAUGUUGCCGACCAUUUUGAGCUAAAGGCAGUCACGCCAGACCAGGAUGCCCCCUCUCGGUUUCCGGUUGAUGCUCAAAAUUUGACCGCCUCGCCGACUGCAGAGACUGAGAUUCCGACCCCGACCGCUAAUGUCACCACCAACUUCGACAGCAAUAUGAAAGUAUUUAUCGAUGUGUUGAUGGAUAUUUUCUCGCCAAUGCAAGAUGCUAUAUCGGGAAAGGAUGCAGCUUGGCGCGACUGUUUCCCUGCACCCACGGAGCCAAACUACGAUCUCAACUGGGCGAUGUUUCUCUUCUACCUUCUUGCUCUCGUGCUAGCUUUUUAUCAGUUCUGGCUGCAACGUCAGUGGAUCAACUUUGCCGAUCGGUUCUUUCCGCAACGUGUUCAGCCGCGAGCCCUAUACCUCUACAAUCAGAUUCUGGAAGGGAGACGCGAGGCUCCGGCGUAUGUGCGUCAAGGGCAAGUUGACGCGUAUGCCCAAGCACAACUUCAAUCGAAAGAUGCGAUGGUGCGUAGAGGAUUACACAAUCAAGGCCGAACCGUCGGGCACUGUUUGAAAUGCCUACGCCGUGAACUUCAUCUUCGAGAUCGGGCAAACUGCCAUAUAUGUGAGGGCUGCGGUACGGUGUAUUGCGUCGAAUGCUUUGUUUUUACAGCCAAAUGUCUGCAAUGCAAAGAACCAAUGCAUGAAUACACGAAAGUCGACUUUCAUCAAGUCAUCCAUUUCGAACGAGAUCCCGACAAUUUGGGCGAAAGUGACGAGGAGAUUCCGGGUAUUCUGGUGUCUCCUAGUCGUACGAAAGACGAGAAACAUUCUGAUGCCGAAUUGACGUCUGGCGAGAAAUCAUCGGAUCAACCAGACGGUCAGGACAAGAAAAAGAAGGACUCUAACGCCAACGAUCAGGCACCCAAGCCGGGAGGCAAAGCUGAUCACAAAGAUGGAAAAGCUGCCCGGAAGUCGUCCGAAGAGUCAACCGGCGGCCAGCCGAAAAAGAAGCAGCUGAAGAGGAAA